UUUUAUUUUGCCAUUUUGGUAUCCCUGCGCGCGCAUUUAUUUCUCAGUUCUCACGAGCAGCCGUCUGUACUCUGUACGAUCGACAGUGGCAAGUGGCAAGUGUUGACUGUUGGGUCGUUGGGUUAACUGGUUAACGCGAGUCGUAAACGCACGGAGAGAAUGUCACGUAGGGCGAUCAAGGCGAUUACGUGGUCGGCGCUCGCCGAAAAAAUUCCAGAGACGGAGAAAGCUGCAUUCACCGCUUUCAAAGCUAAAUCUGAUCAGCACCUGCGACGAAUGAACGCAAAUCCAGAAGCCCCCCCAAAACUCGAUUGGGCGUACUACAAGAAAAGUAUUCCGAUUCCUGGAUUGGUCGACAAGUUUCAAAAGGAAUAUGAAUCCUUCAAAGUGCCAUAUCCAGUGGAUAAAUACACCUCUGAAGUUGAGGCUCAAGAAAAGGAAAUACACGUUAAAAUUGAGGAUUUUAUCAAAGAAUCGAAUCAACGCAUCGCCACUGCCACCAAGGAAAUUGAUAGAAUAAAGAGUCUGUUGCCAUUCUCCGAGAUGACCAUGGAAGAUUUCCGAGAUAGUUAUCCGGAACAUGCUAUAAAUCCUGAUAAACCAACGGUUUGGCCACACAUCCCCGAAGUACAGCCAGAAAACGAAAAAGGACAACCUUCGCAUCAUUAAUACUUUGUAAUGCGUUCAGAACACGAAGCGUAGUCGUAAUUUACUUCUAGCCUACGAUUCUGGAGUCUGGACUGCGUGCCCCGAAGCCCCGAAUCGGAGAAAGAUAUUGUCCUUUGUUUCUGUCAUAUGUAUUCAAAGUAAAUUCAUCCAGAGAGAGAGAGCGAGAGAGAUACAUGUUAUAUCCUUUUGUACCACAGCUUGCGCAUAUCUUACAAUUAGGUCACCUAGUAAUUAUUAGCAUGAGAAGAAUAGAUGUAUUUAUAAUAAAGCCAAAAAAGGA